AUGGGUGUGAUCGGACUCACUGCCAGCGGCCUCGUCGGCGCUUUGCACAGCUACAUCUUGGUUCUCGAAAUGUUUCUCUGGACUAAGCCUCGUGGAAGAAAGGCCUUCAGACUCACACCCGAAUUCGCUGAGCAGACCAAGAUAAUGGCUGCCAAUCAGGGCCUCUACAACGGCUUCUUGUCAGCUGGACUGAUUUGGUCGCUUCUUCACCCGAACCCCGAGUUCUCAAAGCAGCUCCAGAUCUUCUUCAACGGCUGUGUCUUGGUUGCGGGUGCAUAUGGUGGUCUCACCGCCAACAAGAAGAUUCUCUACAUCCAGGCUGCUCCCGCAGCUCUCUCUCUUGGACUCGUUCUGAGGCUCAUUGACGCGAUGCCCGGUUUGAAGGAGUCGGUCGAUACUGGCGGUCAAUUGUGCCAACAGAGGUCAAGUCCUGAUUUUGUCGACAUGCUCUCCAUUCUGCCGUCACGGCCCUUCUCGCAGUCGUUCGGGGAUUGGGUGGAUUUCAGAGUCGUCGUCGGUAUCCUUAUGCUCAACGCAUUCGUCGGCUUCUACCAAGAGAAACAAGCCGCAGAUGUCGUCGCUAGUCUCAAGGCGACGAACAGGAAAUUCUGGCGCGAGAACUUGUUCCCGGAGACAUCAUGCUCGCCUUGUCUGCGACUAUAUACACCCGAAGAUUUUGAACUUUACAAACGUCUCCGAGCCGAAGGUAAACCCGACCGCAGCGAUGAGGGAGAUGCUCGCCUUAUCUAUGACUAUACACGCCCCGAAGAUUUUGAACUUUACAAACGUCUCCGAGCCGAAGAUAAACUUGGCCGCAGCGACGAGGAAGAUGAUAUUAUCUGCGACUAUACAAGCCCCGAAGAUUUUGAACUUUACAUACGUCUCCGAGCCGAAGAUAAACUCGACCGCAGCGAUGAAGAAGAUGAAUUUGCGGAUGGCGCAGACAAAGAACAAGAUCAUGAUACGUCGACAGAACACGAUGCCCAUCAACACAGUCAAGAGCAGGAGCCACACGACUACCGAAACCGUCCUCUCGCAGCCAUUGAUCAGUCUGCUAUUACUGGCGAGUCGCUUGCUGUCGAGAAGUAUCUUGGCGAUAUGGUAUACUAUACCACUGGCUGCAAAAGAGGAAAAGCCUUUGCUCUUGUUCAAACUACUGCCAAAGAGUCUUUCGUCGGCCGCACUGCAGACCUCGUCCAGGGAGCCAAGGAUCAGGGCCAUUUCAAGGCUAUCAUAAAUAACAGUGAAACCUCGCUUCUUGUUCUUGUUAUAUUCUGGAUCCUCAUAGCCUGGAUCGCAGAAUGUUCCCUAUUAUGCUCUUGUUCUUCUUACUAUUACCUUAAAGCCAAAGAUAGUUCAUUAAUGCUUAAUGGAAGGAGUCAUCAGAGCUCUGGCUUGCAUGGCAAAUGUGAAUCAGGCAACGGCGAACAGAAGAUGGGAAGGAUAUAUUACUGA